AUGGACCCUGACAAUACUAGCACACCGCAGCAACUUAUCGAUCUGGGCGACAUCAACGACAACACCAACACCAACACCAACAACAACACUUCCGACUUGGCAACUUCGCCUGUCUCGCCACCAGCAACCCCUUCCUCGAAACGCACUUCUCUCAGUCGUGCACCGAGUCUUCAACGGACCAACAGCACCACCAGCAACACCAGCAACGGCAACAGCAGGAGGAUCGAUUCGACUGCUGCUGCUUUGGCCGGCUUCUCGUCGCCACCUACCGGCCCUGCCAGCAACGGCGGACUCGUCCGUCCUUCCUCCCUCUCACUCAGUCUCAGUCUCAGUCGCAACUCAUCCUUGUCCAAGAAGACUGGCAGUAAACAGCAACAACAGCUGCAGCAACAGCAACAGCAACAGCAACAGCAGCAACAAGAUUGUGUGCCUCCUUCACCUUCAUCAACCCACCGUCCCCAGAAGCAUGUCAUGCUCCAUCGUCAAAGUACCUCCCAGGACUUCCAACUUCGGCUACAUCAGCAACAGCAGCGGCAGGACGAUAUGGGCGAAGAGCUGUCCGAAGCUGGAGAGGAGCAGAUCCCUGGAACCCCCACUUCCAUCUCGUCUUUUGGAUCUGGUACUAUGGGUAUGAGCGGCAGCGACCGUGAACGCGAGAAGAGUGCCUCCAUUCGGCAAAAGCGACAGAGUCGGUCGUUCGCAUUGAUCGAGAACAGGAAUAUUCAAACUCUCAGCAGCAACCUGGCCAUGGUCGCCUCACCGACCGACAGCGAAUUCCCCCCUCAACCGACCAGCGACAGUCUUCUCUCGGUCAUUGCACAAAAGGAGGCCAGGAUCGCCCUAUUACGCGAGGACCUUGAGACCAACCUAACAGAGUUGACACAGCUCAAGGAACGGUGGUCUCAGAUGAUGAUGGAGGAGCGGACAAGACAGCAAGCCGAAGCUAGCGCCUCGAUUCAGGAACAGGAGAAGAACCAUUAUGGCCAUUCCUCCCAAUCGGUUUCGCAUCGUCUUUCGACUACGGGGGCUGGUAUCUGGGGAUCGGUUGUUGGGAGUGUCAGUGGUAUUAGCGGCGUCAGCGGUGGGAUUAGCUUGCAUCAUAUCAACACCCUCCACAGCCAACAACACCAGCAACAGCAACCGAUUCAGUCGCCACAGCUGUCAUCACAGUCGGCCACCAAUGGACUAGUCAGCGGUCGCAGCAGUACGAGCAGUGUGGCGGGUCGAGGAGGAGAGUCUUCGACGUCUGGAGCAGGAUUCACAUCACCAUCUGGACAUAGCCGACCCACCAGCCCUCUGCCCACCUACCUCUCCUCCCUCAACGGUCUCAACAGUCCUGUGUCACCCAACGGACUGGGUGGCACAAAUUUGAGCUCUGCGCUGUUGGCAAAGCGGGGCGAUCGGGCCUCAUUCUCGUCCCUCUCGACCUGCUCCUCCUCCCAAUCAAAUGCAGGCGAUGCGCCCCUGGCGUUUGAGGCGGGUCAUUCGAGCCAGAGCAGCUUCAGUAGCAGCACUGGUCACCCAGAGUACAACCAACGGGACCAGCAGCAGCGGGAUGCCAGGAAGUUGAAGCGGGAGUCAAGUGGACUCUUUAUUCCACCCGAGGCUGAAGAGGUCCUUGUCAACACUGGUCGGGCCCUCUUCAAAGGAUUUGGGUCUCUUCUUGGUGGAAUCCGUACCGUCGUCACCGAUGUCACCGAAUCCGACAGAUUCCAACAUUCAAGGCAAAGGACGAUGGAUAUGAUGUCGGGAUUGGCACAGACAGCAGCGGACGUAUUGCCAUUGCCAAGCCACGACGACAUUUAUUACCACCACCAGCGAUUGCGGUUACUGGACGAGGAAGACGAGGAACCCCUGACGGCAGAACAGCAACAGCAACUGAUCCAGCUACAACAGGCCAAAGAGCAGCGACGGAAGGAGAGACUGAAACUCAAGCAAGAAAAGGAGCGGAGGUUGCUUGAGAAGGGGCAAAGUGGGAGUGGGAGUGAGGGUGGAUUGAACCGGUCUGGUAGUCUUGUGCGUCGAUCGAGCAGUCGUAAGGUUGCCAAGGGUGUCGAGAAAAUUACUACGGAGAAGCAGCAGGCGGAUGAGGAUGUGAGCAGCAGCAGCAAGACGAUCCAACAGUUGUCGAUCCGGGAUGAGGAGGAGGAAGGACAGGGAUGGGAUAUGGAAGAUAAGGACCUGAUGGCCAGUCUGGAGGCUGAUGUCCGUGGCCAGGCUGCCGUUCAGGACGAUAUGAAUAUGAAGAGUGUUGAUUUUGAAAAUACCAGCAGGAUCCAUGCGGGAAAUGAAUCCCAUAGAGAUACCCCUUCCACCACCACCACCACCACCACUACGACGUUCGCCCCAUCGUCUUCCAAGAAGAACGAUUAA